AUGGUGUUCAAGAAGCCAGUACCCGUUGUGUUCGAUGAGCCUCCCAAAGUGUUUUGGGACUACUUUACUCAGCCAACGAUUAAAGUGCGAAAGACACACAACUGUGAAACCUGCGGGCAUGGAUCAGACACUGUCUCUGAGAUGGUUGCCCAUGAGUGCGAAGUGCACUUGUGGCACCGUGGCAUGUAUGGAUGUGGCACUUGCAAGCUGUACUACGCGGCGAAGGCCGACCUCAUCCGGCAUAAGAUGACCGAGUGCUCGGAAACACCUGCGCGGAAGAGAAACAUGAAUCGCAAACGAUUGGAGGAACAGGACGCAAAGGAGAUGAAAGAAAUGAUGAAAGCAAUCAAAUCUGGUGCCAUUCUUCGCCACCCGUCUGUUUACGAAAAGGAGUUAGCAGAAAGUGUAAACAUCGACGAAAAACGAGACGAAGAUUUUCAAGACGAAGUUGUUGCUAGAGCUCCAGCCCGUGCCGCUCAAAGAUUCGACUCUGAGGAUUCAGCGCAACCUUCACGAUCAACAACAAAGACAGCUAGGAAAAAAACUCAUAAAUUCAGCCAAAUCAUUGCCGAAAGAAUAUUCUUACAGUGCCAUUUUUCAAGUUACUUCACUGGUCUCUUAAUCUAG